AUGGCAUCACCGCCCAAACCGUGGGAACGAGCAGCCGCUGGAGGUGCCACAUCAUCCGCCGCAGUGCCGACAUCGACCACCACUGCGACGGCAGCGGCGCCAUCGUCAACCGGCGCUCCAGUCUUGCCAGCACGAACCGACGCCCUCAACCAAGUCGCCACACGCACAGCGUCGAACUACUCCUCUCCAUACAGCAGACCCGGCAUGUCGUCGGCGUACUCUCCGCCUUAUGGCAUGGGCGGAAUGAGUGGAUACGGCGGCAUGUCGUCUUACAGCUCGCUCUACAGCCGGUUUGGUGGCGGCAUGGGCGGCAUGGGCAGCAUGUAUGGGGGAGGCAUGUACGGCGGAAUGGGAGGCUACGGAGGUAUGGGAGGAUACGGCGGUGGGAUGUACGGGCAGCCAGGCAUGGUAGGCUCAGAUGGUCAACCGCAAAGUCUCACGCAAACCUUCAGCAACAGCACCCAAGCGACCUUCCAGAUGAUCGAGAGCAUAGUAGGCGCCUUUGGGGGGUUUGCGCAAAUGCUCGAGAGCACAUAUAUGGCCACCCACUCCUCCUUCUUCGCCAUGGUCAGUGUGGCCGAGCAGUUUGGCACCCUCAAGCAGACUCUCGGCUCAGUCCUCGGCAUCUUCACGAUAAUGCGAUGGAUCCGGACAGCAAUUGCUAAGCUCACCGGUCGGCCUCCACCAGCAUCGUCGAAAGAGCUGACGCCCGCCAACUUCGCCCAAUUCAGCGGCGCACCCGGCCCAGAUGGUCAGCCAGCCUUCAAGCCCUCCCGCAAACCCUUCAUCUUCUUUGUCGUUGCCGUCUUCGGCCUACCCUGGCUCAUGGGCAAGCUCAUCCGCGCCCUUGCAGCCUCGCAGGAAGCUCAGCAACAGCAGCAGGGCCAACUGAUAGGUCCAGACGGCCAGCCUCAAUCCCUCGAUCCCAGCAAGCUCGACUUCUGCCGAGUCAUCUACGACUACACACCACAAACCCAGCCUGGCCAGCCCUUCCAAGAAGGCAUCGACCUGGCAGUAAAGAAAGGAGACCUCGUCGCAGUCCUCUCGAAAUCAGACCCAAUGGGUCAGCCCUCAGAAUGGUGGCGCUGCAGAGCAAGAGACGGGGGCGUAGGAUAUCUCCCAUCACCAUAUCUCGAGACAAUCCAAAGGCGGCCGCAGCAGGCCCAGAUCGCGGCCAAGAGUGCGCCAGGCAGCGAAGCGGGAAGCAGACUCAACAUCAUGACUACAAACUCCGCCGGUGCGCAAAGUCGGGCGAACAGCAUGAAGAUUACGGAUAAAGAGAAGGCGGAGAUCAAGAAGGCCCCCACACUACCUCCUGGAAAGGGUGGUGACGUGCCGGUGGAGAGCUUCCAAAGGGCGGCGUUUCAUUCUUAG